UUCAAACAUAAGCAUGUGAAGAAAAUGGAAGUGAUAGUUAUAAUGUACUAUUUACUCAUGUUCACAAUAGAACCUGCGGCUUGUUUGAAAAUCAUCAGUCAAAGUGGAGUAGCAAUAGAGUAUGCAAUUGAAUAUGAAAGUAAGUGUCAGCCUUCAGCAGAGAGGUUCACAAUCAUUAUUGGGAUAUCAUUUGUCCAGUGCUUACAGGAAUGUGGACUGAGAAAACACUGUGGAGCACUUAAUUUUUGGAGGAAAGUUAGCGGAUGUGAGCUAUUUGCAGACAGUGUAGAUGGUGAUUUGAACGAUUGGAAUUGCUUACAUAUCUUUGCAAAAGAUAUUCAUAUAGAUAAACCCUGUACUCACUGUGUUCUCGGUGACGUUUGUGACUCCGUAAGUGCUACUUGCCGAACUAAAGAAUGUCCACCGGAUCUUCUGCCUAGUAAUAGUACACAUUACGGCAAUAUGUUUUCAAUUGGUUUCACUGUUAGAUAUUUGUGUAAUGAUGGUUACAUGAUAAUAGGAGGGGGUGUUAAAGAAACAGCCAUAUGCAUGGAUAACGGUAGAUGGAACGCUUCUGGGUGCGAAUUAGUGUCAUGUGGGGAACCUUCCAUACAGAACGCAAAUGUAGUCUUAGAUGCAACAAACGGGACAUUUUACAUGGAUACGGCUACGGUAACAUGUGAAGCCUGGUAUCAAACCAGAAAAAAUACAAUAACCUGUCAGAAAUCUGGAAAAUGGGAAUCAACGAUAUGUGAAGAUUGUUACUUGACUAUACCUAAGGAGUAUACUGGGAAACGGAAUACAACAGUCACAGGAAUGCCGUGUUACCGAUGGGAUUCGCCUGAGGCAAUGGAAUAUAACUACACUGACCUUCAAUACUUCCCCGAAUCGACCUUGUCGGAGGCUGGGAACUUUUGUAGAAACCCAGACAGUCGGUAUUUUGAGCCAUGGUGCAUCACAACAAAUCAAAAUGCUGGUUAUUGGGAGUAUUGUGGUAUAAAAAAAUGUAAAUGAAAGUGAACCUGACAAAUGCAAAUUGUGACUUUUAAUUGCAAACAUUCUGCGAACAAAGGUGUGCAUCAUGAUCUUUUCCUUCGAGGGUCCAAUGAUUCCAAUGACAUAUAGGUUUUGUUUAUUUUUGUCACUACAAUUUGCACUUAUAUUUUCUAGAUACAUUUUUUCUAAUGACAUUACAAUUUAUUUAAGUAAGAUUGCACCCGAAAAUAGCUAAGGCUGUUAAGUAAAGUGCUUUCCAAAUCUUAUAGUGUAACAUUUUCACAAUAAUAUUGUUUAUACUGAGGUACAAAAUAUGUUUCUAUACAUAAUCUGUAUUUUUUUACGAAAAACAUGUUAUGGAAAUCCGUAUUAAAGUCAUAUAUGGAUUAGAAGAUAGUACGGUCCCGUACAUCUUAAUUAUACGGUCCCGUACAUCUCCAUAAAACGUUAAAUUCAUUAUUUUAAUUGUAUAAAUAUUUAAAAAAUCUAAAUCACUUUGUGUGCUAAAUAAAUAAUGUAUACGUACGAUGAUUUUUUUGUGAUGAAUUCAAUGACAUUUAAAAAGCGGCUAUUAAAAUCUGAGCGUAAUUUGCAAGUCAAACAAUAAAUAUUUGAUCACAGAAAAAAGUAUUCAAUUGUUCUUGUCCUGUAGAUCAUUAUCAUUGAUAUUGGACAUUGUCCAUAGAGUGAGCUACUUGAAUUUACAAUUUAGAUUAUUGAUUUGAUCUUUAAAAUACAAAAUUUUAGACAUGUUUUUAUGAUAGAGGUAGUAGGAUAUGGAAUAAGAUAAAAUAAGUAAAAAAAAUAAUGUGUGCCGAUAUCGUUAUUAUCAAAUUUCAUUUUCUGAAGCCCAUACUUUUAAGUGACAUUAUGUUUUUUAUGUUCUUUUUUCUUCGCUGCCAAAUUAAGUUUAAUUAGCAAUUCAUACAAAAAGAUUCAUAAUUCACAAGUUGACUGACCUAUAAUUAAGUAUGAAAAUGACUAGUAUUAACUAUA